ACAUGGCAAUUAGUGUGGGUCACUAGAUCAUUUAGAAUUAGUUUUGUAAUUCUGCAUUGAAGCACUACAUUAACUACAAUGAUGACGACCUUAAAGUGACAUUUUAAUCAAUACUCUUGUCGACGGGCCCUAAAAAAGUACUUUAUUUGAAUUCAGUUUAAACUCAGUUUAAACUGACCUUACAUUCCUAAAUAUAUGUGCGUCUUAUUAAGUCACCAAAAUGUAAUUGCUCAUCACCAACUAAUUCAGAUACACUGCACAGAAAGUGGGUAAAAUGGGGUGACAAAUAAAGGGCCAACAGCUCAAGUUUGACUGGCCCCUCUUGCUGGUUAAUCUGGACCUGAUUUUGGUGACCUGAUAAUGUUACCUCUAGCACCACCACCAGGACAAAGCUGGUGAAUCAUUAGUUGUAUACACACAACAUUUGUGGGGAAGUGUUAUUCUCCGAACAAAUAUAAACAUUUGUAUUUUAGAUUUUUUUAAAGACUGUUUUAGAAUGAUCCCCAUCCUAAAACCUACAAAGAUGACUGUCAGGGUCACUGCUGCCUUAAAAACUGAUGUAAAUGAUCAAAUACAAAGUUCAAUACAAAAGUGACAUUCAGGUUUGUGCUUUGUUCUUGUUCUUCAAGCAAUACAAGUAUAAGUAAGGUGAGCAGUAUGAAGAUUGAGGGAGAGAAAAGUAUCUGAUUUCUCUUCGUCAUCAGCGCUCACACUGAGGUCCCCAGCUGUCGCAAACAGUCAGCUGGACACAUGAGUGUGAACACUCAUGUGCCAAGCAUGCACACAAACACACAUACAAACAUGCACAAAACCCAUACUAAAUUGCACAAAACAGACAUUUGUGUCAAACUAGAGCCUAAAAAUCACCUUGGAAAUCACCUAAAAAGCUAUAAAAGGAAUAAACAAAAGGGACCUAGACUUUUCGAGAGUUGACACAUAAUUCUGAGGCCCUCGAGUGAGGAGGCACAUUGGUCGGCUGGUUUCAGAUCCGCUGGUUGUACAGCGCUCCAGUCAUAGGCAGCAGGUGAAGGACUCGCUCACAGAAGAUUUACCCGCACACUGGAGGUUGUUGUUUCUUCUCUCAGCUGCGUGGAUCUUGACAAAAGGUGGGGUAGUAGUGACCACCAAACAACAUGGACCAGGAGGACGACAAAAACUCUGUUGAUAUCCAUGACAACCCUCCAGCUCCUGAAAACGUAGUGAGAGAGGAAGGAGACACUGUCUAUUUCAUAUAUGACGAGGAGGUGGAGGUGGAGGAGAAGGAACCAGAACCUCCUCCUCCUGUAGUCCGGGUCAACGACAAACCUCACAAGUUCAAGGACCACUAUUGCAAAAAACCCAAGUUCUGUGACGUCUGCGCUCGCAUGAUAGUCUUGAAUAACAAGUUUGCUCUGAGGUGUAAAAACUGCAAGACCAACAUCCACCAUUCAUGUCAGUCCUAUGUGGAGUUCCAGAGGUGCUUUGGAAAAAUUCCACCUGGCUUCAGACGGGCCUACAGCUCCCCGCUGUACACCAGUGACAUCUCCGAUCCAAACAACCCGAACCGGAACGACCCCGUCUUUGACACCCUGCGGGUCGGUGUCAUUAUGGCAAAUAAGGAGCGCAAAAAGAAUGAAAAUGACAAGAAAAAUAUGAUGAUGAUGAUGGAGGAAGAAGAAGAGGAGAACCAACAGCCCAAAGAAAAGGAGGAGGGUGGAGAAGGGAAGCCUGAUGAUAAGAAGGAGAAAGACAAAGCAGAUGACAAGAACAAGGGUACCUUCUCCCAGACCCACUACUACCUGGCUCUCUACCGCUUCAAGGCCAUAGAGAAAGACGACCUCGACUUCCACCCUGGUGACCGGAUCACAGUUCUGGACGACUCCAAUGAAGAGUGGUGGAGGGGAAAGAUGGGGGAGAAGUCAGGCUACUUCCCCACCAACUACCUCAUAAAAGUGCGUGCUUCGGAAAGAGUUUUCAAGGUGCUUCGUUCCUUUGUAGGAAACAGAGAGAUGGGACAAAUCACACUGAAGAAAGAUCAGAUCGUUGUGAAGAAAGGAGACGAGAAAGGCGGCUACUUGAAGGUCAGCACUGGACGCAAGCUGGGCUACUUCCCUGCUGAUCUGCUGGAGGAGAUCACCGUGACAUGAACAACUCUAAACAUAAACACACUUUAAACAUCAGCACAAGUUAGAGGUGCCAAUGUUCUGGAGGUGCCACUGAUCUUUCAACAAUUUUCUAUAUUCGUUCGCUAAAGUAUCAACAUGUCGUCUGUAGCAGAAUGAAUGUAUUUGCUGUGAUUUAUUUGUGACUUUAACACAAUGUAAAGCAGGAGGGAUGAUUGAUCAUACAUGAAUGUUGAAAGAGACAAUCAGGUGAUGUAUUGUGUUUUUUGUGAACAGCGUGGUAAUAAAAAUGCUUUAAGUUACCUGCUGACUAGCUAGCGGUAAAGAGAAGUAGAGAGAAUGCCAUAAUUGAUAUGAAGGUAUUCAGAUUAUAUUAACAAAUAAAUUAAUCCUUGCCUGGA